CUCCUCUUUUUCCUCCCCAUCCUUUCCUUCCCCUCCCCAGCUCCAUUCCUGCCCUCCCUCUUGCUCUUUCCAUCCCUCCUUAUUCCACUACUCAUUCCCUCUCCCCCUCCUCUUCCUCACUUCACCUGCUCGCUUUCCUCCCCCUCUCUACCUCACUCACUCCUCCUCCUUCCUAUCUUCUCACACCCUCUCUCUGUCUACUCCUCCCUCCCUCCCAAUGACAGAGUCGGAGGCAGACACCAGGCUCUCAGCGGCCUCGCCCCGUCCGUCCGGCUCCCGGUACGAGCCGACGGAGACGGGAGACGAGUGGCAGGCGGAUCAUGGAGGCGGCGGUGAUCGGGGAUGCGGCUUGUGGGUCUCAGUGUUUUCCCCUUCAUCACUGGGGUGGGAGAGCGGGGAGAGGGUAUUGGCAGGCGCGAGAGGAACCGAAGUGUUCCACUCAGAGCAGAGGCUACAGCAGGCUGCCAAGGUCAAUGACACAGCGACGAUCAGGGAGCUGAUUCUGGGCAAGGUGAACCUCAAUGCCAGGAACUCGAUGAAUCGGACGGCCUUGCACUGGGCGGCUCUGGCCGGACACGAGGAGGCAGCCAGCCUGCUCCUAGACUACAACGCGUUGGUAGAUGCCGAAGACAAGUUCGGGAUGACGCCGGUGCUUCUAGCUGCCAGCCAUGGCAACCUGACCAUCCUGCAGACACUGGUGAAAGCUGGAGCAACGGUGACAGCCAGGAACAGGCUGGGACAGACUUUGCUCCACUGCGCUGCCCUGCAGGGACACCCCAGCGUCAUCCGGUAUGUUGCUGAGGACCUCGAGGGGAUCCCUGUAGAUGAUCCGGACCAGAAUGGGAAGACGCCCCUGCUGCUGGCAGCCGAGAGCGGCCACUCGGACGUGCUGAGGCUCCUCCGCGACCUGGGCUGCGAUCUCCGCGCCGUCGACAAGGAGUCCAACAGCGCACUGCACCUGGCGGCGAGACGAGGCCAUGCGGAGCUGCUGCCCUACCUGAUGCCGGCGAUCUGCUCCGAUGCACAGAAUCAGGACGGACUCACGCCACUGCACCUCGCCGCUCAGGCCGGCCAUCUCAGCUGCGUGCAGUUGCUUCUGGACAGCCAAUGUCAGGUCAACGCCGUCAGCUCCCAACACCUCUCCGCCCUGCACUACGCCAUCAGCCACGGACACCUGGACGUUUGCCACCUUCUCAUGCAAGAGGGGAUCGAUGUCAACGCCAAGGGAAACAAGGACCCCUGCCUUCAUCUUGCUGUGAAGCAUAACACCCCCCAGCUCGUCCAGCGCCUGCUCGCGGCCGGCUGCGACAUCAACAUCUGUGAUUCCAGGCAGCAGAGUGCGUUGCACGUGGCCGUGGAGAGGCGCCAGCAACCCAUCGUGGAGCUGCUGCUGAGAGCCAACAUCAACCUCCACCUUCAGGACCAGCAGGGGCACACGGCGCUCGACCGGGCUGUCCGCAGUCAGCACGCUGCCCUGGCUGACAUGAUCAUCAAAGCUGAGAGAUUCCACACCCGAGCUCUGGGUGCUAAUGGACAGACAGAGGAGCUGGACCUGACCUUCAGACACGUGAAGGACCUGACUCGGGUGCGAUCUGUGCUCUGGACUCUGGCCACCAGGCACCAGAAGCCGGGAGACUGGAAGAAGCUGGCCCAGCACUGGGGCUUCUCAGCAAAGCACAUCCAGGCACUGGAAAGCCAGUGGACAGGGAGUAACAGCUACAAGGAGCAUGGGUAUCGGAUGCUACUCAUCUGGCUUCAUGGCAUCAGCAGCCUGGGCAAGCACCCGAUCAAGGAGCUGUAUGAGGGCCUGGUGGAGAUUGGAAGGACCGACCUGGCAGAGAAGGCGCGUCGGCAGGCAGAUGUGGAGCGGGAGCCGGCCAGGAGAUGCGUGGUGAUGUGAGGAUGGCUCUCAGGCCGAGUCUGCACCGUGUCCGAAAGAUCUUGCCGAACUGUUUGGUCGGUGCAACGAUUAUGUCCAAAACCAAGGGGUGAGGUGAUGUAAGACGGCAUCAGGGAGCAAGGAAUGAGAGCACCUACCUGGUCCAGCCGUCAGUCACUUCCACCGACUCAUGAAUAGUUUCUCAUCUCCUGAUUGCUAUAAAUGGACUAAGGAUUCUAAGAACUGUGGAAGGGUCAGUGGAAGCAAAUGUACGUGGCGAAGAGUGAUGGUGAACCAGCUUAGUUACAUUUCAUUGGCCUUCCAUUGAGGAGAAAAUCUCAAACCUACUCGUUACCUUCAGGUGGCAGGGAGGUGACUGUAUCCAACUUGUUCUCUACCCCACGAAUACCUGAUGGGUAUAGAGUGUGCUUCACUCUGUGUCUGACCCCGGGAGUGUGUGAUGGGAUGGUGUGGAGGGAGCUUCACUCUGUGUCUGACCCCGGGAGUGUGUGAUGGGACGGUGUAGAGGGAACUUCACUCUGUGUCUGACCCCGGGAGUGUGUGAUGGGACGGUGUAGAGGGAGCUUCACUCGGUGUCUGACCCCGGGAGUGUGUGAUGGGUCGGUGUGGAGGGAGUUUCACUCUGUGUCUGACCCCGGGAGUGUGUGAUGGGUCGGUGUGGAGGGAGUUUCACUCUGUGUCUGACCCCGGGAGUGUGUGAUGGGAUGGUGAAGAGGGAGCUUCACUCUGUGUCUGACCCCGGGAGUGGGUGAUGGGACGGUGUGGAGGGAGCUUCACUCUGAGUCUGACCCCGGGAGUGUGUGAUGGGACGGUGUGGAGGGAGCUUCACUCUGUGUCUGACUCCGGGAGUGUGUGAUGGGACGGUGUGGAGGGAGCUUCACUCUGUGUCUGACCCCGUGAGUGUGUGAUGGGACAGUGUAGAGGGAGUUUCACUCUGUGUCUGACCCCAGGAGUGUGUGAUGUGACGGUGUGGAGGGAGCUUCACUCUGUGUCUGACCCCGGGAGUGUGUGAUGGGAUGGUGUAGAGGGAGUUUCACUCUGUGUCUGACCCCCGGAGUGUGUGAUGGGACAGUGUAGAGGGAGUUUCACUCUGUGUCUGACCCCGGGAGUGUGUGAUGGGACGGUGUAGAGGGAGUUUCACUCUGUGUCUGACCCCGGGAGUGUGUGAUGGGACAGUGUGGAGGGAGCUUCACUCUGUGUCUGACUCCGGGAGUGUGUGAUGGGACGGUGUGGAGGGAGCUUCACUCUGUGUCUGACCCCGGGAGUGUGUGAUGGGACAGUGUAGAGGGAGUUUCACUCUGUGUCUGACCCCAGGAGUGUGUGAUGUGACGGUGUGGAGGGAGCUUCACUCUGUGUCUGACCCCGGGAGUGUGUGAUGGGAUGGUGUAGAGGGAGUUUCACUCUGUGUCUGACCCCCGGAGUGUGUGAUGGGACGGUGUAGAGGGAGUUUCACUCUGUCUGACUCCAGGAGUGUGUGAUGGGACGGUGUGGAGGGAGCUUCACUCUGUGUCUGACUCCGGGAGUGUGUGAUGGGACAGUGUGGAGGGAGCUUCACUCUGUCUGACUCCGGGAGUGUGUGAGGGAAGUUUUACUCUGUUUGUAAGGCUGUGGUUUGGAGAAUCUGAUGGGGAGGUCUAUCCUGCAUGCAGUACGACCCUUGUGCAUUUCAAAAACAGUCAUGGAGCUAGACUUGUGAUGUGCGAAGUGGUGAUAUCCCUGCUCUGCCACCUGUGUUAAAGUUCAGGUUCACUGUGUGAGAUUGGCACAUGUGGUGUUUCAAUUUACCUCAAAUGUCACAUCUGAAGAGACAUUUGAUUUCUGAGCUAGAAUCUCUACUCGUCAGCCAGUUCACUCCAUGUGAUAUCAAGGAAUGGCUGAGCACCGUUUUGUAUUAAAUCUUCCUGGGCCCAGCGCACUGAUGCAGUCACGAGGAAGGCAUGAUUUCCAUGGGAUGUUCACCUUGUCACUGAUGAACCUCUACAGAUGUUCUGCUGAAAUUGUCCUGACUGGAUGCAUAGGUCUGCUUCGACGAUUGGAGUGCCCAGGAAGGUGUGGUGAGAGCAGUGCCCGGUCUCGGUCAUGUCUACGCGAGGCACCACCCGCACUACCUGGGCCAAGCCAUCUUCUUGCAGCUCCCACCGGGCAGGGUUCCAGAAGUCCCACACCACCAGGUUAAAGAACAGCUACUUCCCUUCAACCAUUUAGUUCUUAAACCCACCAGCACAGCCCUAAUCACCACAGUUUGAUACAGAUCACUUCGUACUUAAAUGGGUUUCUUAUGUUUGAAUGGUUGUCUUGUAAAAGUGUGGUAUAAUUUGUAUGUAUUUCCUGUGAAUGCUGCUUAUCUGAUGCCACAUACCCGAGAUGUUGCUGUAACUUAGUUUUGGACCCGUGCAUACAUGGAUAUGUCUGUAUGACAAUAAAGCCAGCUUUGUCUUUGGA